ACUACUCGGCUUUCCGUAGCGCGAGAGGCGUUGACAAGUACAGAGAACUGUUGUGGUGUAAAUGUUCCUCACACUCACGAAAGCAGCCUGAACAUCACAUGUUAUCUUCAUUAUUGUACAUUUUAUACCUCACACGAGCAGAUUACAGGUGGAGGAGAGGCUCACGGGACCCGGAAGUAGCUGCAGGUAGCACUGUAUGGGCGACGUGACUCCAGUCAGACAGAAUGAGCUCUAAAGGAGGCGGCACCGCUUUGACCCGCCGCAACUACAGGCUGGCCUCGGACACGGACAAACCCAGAUCCACAGGUAUAGUCAAUGAGAAGCUGCUCAGUGACUACCUGCACCAUGUGUUCCCUCCAAACAAACAGGGACCUGCUGUGGCCUCCCUCAGGAAGCCUCUCGGGUUCCAGGAUCUCGAGGCUCACCUGGAGGGACUGUUGUCUGAGGGAGAACCUGCUGAGGAGAUCAGAGAUCAGCCCGUUGAAGGUCGUCUUGGUCCUCAGCCGGUCGUCCUGGAUCACACCAGCGGUUUUGAAGGACUUCUGUUCGUAGACGACGACCUGCUCGGGGUCAUCGGCCACAGCAACUUCAGCUCCAUCAGAGCCACCACAUGUGUUUAUAAAGGGAAAUGGGCGUACGAGGUCCUGAUCUCCUCCCAGGGUCUGAUGCAGAUCGGCUGGUGUACUCUCAACUGUCGCUUCAACCAGGAGGAGGGUGUGGGCGACACUCCAGACUCGUACGCUUACGAUGGAAACAGAGUGAGAAAGUGGAACGUGACGACCACCAACUAUGGAAAGUCGUGGGCGGCCGGAGACAUCGUCAGCUGUCUGAUCGACCUCGACGAGGGAUCCAUCACCUUUUGUUUGAACGGUCAGUCUCUGGGCACCGCCUUCACCAACAUCAAGACGGGUCCGGGCGUGGCGUACUUCCCCGCCAUCAGCCUCUCCUUCAAAGAGUCGGUGGCAUUCAACUUUGGCAGCAGACCUCUCAGGUACCCUGUGGACGGCUACCUGCCGCUCCAGAACCCCCCGACAGCAGACCUGAUGAGAGCUCAAAAACUGCUGGGAUACAUCAAGAACGUGCUCUCCACCUCCAUCGACACUCAGGAGGAGAGGCUGGUGGAGAAGGACUUUUCAUCGUGGAAGCUUCAUGGAGAUCCUACGAUCCUCGUCGCUCUGGCUCACAUCUUCAACCACUUUGCUCCGCUCAUGUGUAAGGUGUACCUGGUGGAGGACGUGCUGAUGAACUUCUUGUUGGGGAUUCUGGAGGGAGGAGGUUCAGUGGACGAACACCCGCUCAUACAGCAGCUGCUCGAUCUCUUCUGGCUGCUAAUGGAGGACUAUGAGGUGAGUGAGUGUCUGAAGCAGCUGAUGAUGUCCCUCCUGCGGGCUUAUCGAUUCUCCCCGAUCAUCCCCGACCUCGGCUUCCAGAUCCACUACCUGCGUCUGACCACGGCCAUCCUGCACCACGAGAAGUCCAGGAAGUACCUGCUCAACAACGUCUUGUUCGAUGUUCUGCGCUCAGUCGUGUUCUUUUACAUCAAGACUCCUCUGAGGGUGAAGGAGGCGGGGCUAGAGGAGCUCAUCCCGACCACCUGGUGGCCCACGCACUUCGACAAGGAGGGAAAAGACGAGCGGGAGCCUAAAGACGAGAGUGCAGACGAGCGGCUGAGGCGGCGAGCGUACGAGAGAGGCUGUCAGAGACUCAAGAAGAGGAUUGAAGUUGUGGAGGAGUUGCAGGUCCAGAUCCUGAAGCUGCUGCUCAAUAACAAAGACAAAACGACGGGUGAAGCGUCCCGAUACAUCUUCCUGAAUAAGUUCAGGAAGUUUCUGCAGGAAAACGCCAGCAACAGAGGGGUAAGAGGACACAUCCUGCAGCUGCUGCUUCACAAAAUCUGCUGUGCCAAACACCUUCAUGUUCCCCCGGAGGAGACCAAUGCAAACUUUCUUUUAACUUAGAAAGUUAAUAAUCAGAAAUGAAAUGCUCUUUGUCCACCUGGAAUUUUCCAUUUUGUUCCUAAUGAGAAGGGAGACGCAGCAGACCAG